UACUUCCGCUUCUUUUAAUAUCAUUAAUCUCUCUUCUUCACCGCGGGAAGAUCGACAGAGAUGUACGAUCAUUCUUAUUAUAUUUUGUAAUUUUCUUCUCCAAUUCUCUCCAGGUUCUUCCCUGACUUCUCUUGCUCCGGCGAGUUUCUUCUAAUCUUGAUAUGAAGAUUCAGUGUGAUGUCUGUGAAAAAGGCGAUGCGUCAGUGUUCUGCACGGCGGAUGAGGCGGCGCUUUGUAAUCUCUGUGACCAUCGUGUCCACCAUGCGAAUAAGCUCGCUUCGAAGCACCGCCGCUUCUCUCUGCUCCGCUCUGCUGCAGCGGAGGCACCUGUCUGCGAUGUGUGCCGGGAGCGGCGAGGGUUCUUGUUUUGUCAACAGGAUAGAGCGAUUCUGUGUAGAGAGUGCGAUGAUCCAAUUCAUUCGGCUAAUGAACUCACUAUGAAACACGAUAGGUUUCUUCUGACUGGGAUUAAGCUUUCCACUACCGCUGCUCUGUACGCGCCGCCUCCCUCCGACGAGAAACCGAUCAAAACUGGUCAUCGUACUGGUUCUGAUCACAAAUCAAAGGGUUCAGUCAAGAAACCAACCGUUGUUCCUGCUGCUCCGGUAGGAUGCACAUCAAGUGUUUGUGUUAAUGCCUCAACCAACAUACCUCCGGCAGUGGCCAUGAACAAGGGCGGCGGAGGUCAGAUUCCGACAGGAGGCGGUGGCUCAGCCAGUAGCAUAUCGGAAUAUUUGAUGGAGACACUUCCUGGGUGGCACUUUGAGGAUUUACUCGAUUCCUCUGUUCCUCCCCCUUUUAUGGAGUGUGAAGGGUUGGGAUUACCAUUUGAGGAAGGUGAUUUCAACAGUGGCCUUUCACCAUCGGAGCGUUUGGAGCUUUGGGUCCCUCAGGGGCCGAUUUAUGGUUCAGGAUUGAUGAUGAACAGUGGGGUGAAGGACACAAAGGAUUUGGUAGUAAACUCAUCAAAAGUCAAUAGAGUUUGGGCAGAUGACUGUUUCACUGUUCCUCAGAUUACAAGUACAGCAGCCCCAUCUGCAGGCUUUAAGCGAUCCAGAUCUUUAUGGUAUAACAAUCACUAAACACCCUCGUUUCUUCUGCCCUUUUUUUGUUCAUCUGAUCUGGGUUUGUUUAUUAUCAUCUUCUUCUUCUGGUUUCUUUUACUUUUUGCUUCUGAUCUGUAAUUUUAAUGGGUUUCUCUUACACUUUGUUUAGGCUUCACCUCUCCUUUACUGGGUUCAUUCUCUGGUUUCUGUUACUUUUUGCUUUCAAAAGAAAAAAGUUGCAGCUGUAAUAUAUUGGGUUCUUCUUCUUCUCUCUUU